UUUGGUUAUGAACGUUGCAUGGGAAUGUGGCUUGCUGUGGCAGUGAGGCUGUGCCUUCUCCUUGCAGACGAUGUCAAGAUUGAGUCGCUCAACUACCGGCAGCUCUCGCGAGCCUCCGGUGUCCCGCUGAACGUGGUGCUGCGCUGCGUGCGAGAGAGCGUGCUCUUAUAUUGUCAGCUCCUGAGGAACAGGGAGCCCGUCUCAUUCGUCUUUAAGAACAUUGGCGUUAUGACGUGCCAAGACGACUUCCUCCUCAUGAGGUUCUUCUGCAGCUGCAUUGCAACGCUGGAGAGCAAUGCCACCGUCCUUUCUCUGUUCCGCACUAGAUUUUGGAUGGAAGAUUCUGCUGACUUUGGGCCAGAGACAGCCGCCCAUGGGAUCUGGGUGUUCCCGAGGUUUCAGCUCACUGUGGAAAAGAGCAGAGCAGAGGUUGCCGCGGAAAAGAAAGCUGCAGUAGAGCGGAAGAUGAGUAGAGGGGGCUCUGCCGGCAGGCUGCUGCAGAGGUGGAAGAGACUUCCCCCCUCCAUGCUGCUGCAGCGCAAGCCAAGCUCAAGGCAGCAAGACAUGGCGAAGGAGCCUUCUGCCAGCGCGCUCCCGCCAUGUGCAGGCAGCUCCCGCGGGACGAAGAAAGCAGGACAGAAGGAAGCAUCUACUCCUGCCCAGACCAGCACUGCACUCCCUGCCACAGAGGAGUCUAAGAGGGUGCUGCAGGAGCUCCGGGAAGUGUCUGCAUUGUGGAAAGAAGCAGACCACACGUGGCCCAUGCACAAGCAGCAAGUAGAGCAAGCACAGGCAGAAAGGGCGGCAUGGGAAGGCUGGAGCAUAGGGGCGGACCAGCGUCCACCCCAGGACCCUUGA